AUGUGGGACGGAGGAGUGGAAGCCCUUCUCCUUACUGAGACCCCUGAUGUGUCUGUGUUCCGGGGUCUGGACAGCAUCCUAGAUUCCACGGCGAUCCUGGAGGAGCCGGUAACGCUCAGAGCCCAGACUUGCCCCGCUGGACCGCAGCCUUCGGGGGAGCAGGGGCUGCCGAGAGCCAACCCUCCCGCCUGGCUGCUUCGGGCCUGCCUCACCGGGCAGAGGAUGCGCAGCCACUCCCUUGGACUGGGGGACCUGGCUCAGGGGAGGACGCCACCGUACCACGCGGACCUGGCUUGGAGCCUGAGCGCGGACAAGAUCGAACAUCUAAUGACCCUAGAAGCGCUACGGAACAUAAAUGCACUCUUUCAGAAGUAUGAAAAGAGAGGAAGACAGCUGCUGGACAUGGAAACGUUCAAAUGCAUAAUGAAGCAGAGUAUGAGGUCACAGAGUAAAAGUAUUGAACAAAUAGAACAACUUUUCAUGAAAAUAGACUAUGAAUCAGUGGGCAGAAUUGGAUGGGAUGGCUUCUGCACGUAUCUGCAGCUCGAGUAUUCAGAGCAAGCGGAUGCUUUGGCCCGACAGAAAGAGAUUUCCUUCCAGCUGCCUGCUGUGCCGCAGGGGCCGGCACAUGGGGGUCCCGUGCUGCGCAUUCUCUCUAUGCCUGACGACACCUUAAUCAUGAUCAGAGAAGACGGCGCGAUUUAUUUCUGGUCCCUGCAGCUGAAGUUGAAAAGAAGAAAGAGAGUUUUUGUAUGUGAUUUUCAUUUGAUAAGGAUGCUGAGUGCUCCAGUUUGAUUUUCUUUGCUAUUUUAAACUGCUCUUCAAGU